AUGACCGGUUCUUGUGCGUGCGGGCCAUGCCUCUCCGCCUAUUUGUUCCUGCUGCGCCUCACUUCACACGAUCCGGAGGUCUACAUGUUCAGGAGCGGCAGCGGUAUCGUCGGCGGGCUCGCCUCGGCAAACAUCUCGAUGAUGAUCAAAGAGGGAGUUGUUCACGCCGGCGACUGGAUGAAAUAUCUGGUCGUUUUCAUUGGAGGACAAGAAGCCGGCAUCCACUGGAAGAAUCUCACAAUCGGGUCCGAGCCGUGGCGAGCCGUGUACGGUAAUGGGGACGGGCCGGUACUUGCCAUGCAUAAGCACGUCAUUCCUGAACGAAGGGCGCGAGGCACCCGCAGCCGUCUUUCAUGCGCGACCUGA